UCGUUUUUUUUAUAACUAGAAUUUUCAAGAAAAUGAGAUUAAUUCUAUUCCUAUACAUCUUUGUCUAUAUCAAAGCCAAUUGGACUCAAAGAGUUAUAACGACUGAGUUCAAAAAACUAUGUUGGGCGAAACAUAUUGAUGAUUAUCCUAACUUUUUCGAUAUACGUAUUACUAGAAAUGUAUUCGAGUUUUUGGAUUUAUAUCUUAGUAGAGGAGAUAAUAAUUCAAUAAUAUCCAUUUUCCAAGGGGGUGAUAGGAACCUAGAUACAUAUUCGUCAAAUAAUAUUACCAAAAAAACGUUGAUUUUAUUUGACCGGCUUCAAUUAUUAAACCUAGUGCGGUUGAACGAACUCAAUUUAACAUUAAACAUUAGAGCUAAUUUCGAGAUUGAUUUGAAUAGCAUUGGUGCAACAAUUAUAUUCUGUAUGUUGCCUUUAAACAAUAUUAUGACAAACAUGUGUAUAGAAUUCAUGAACACAAAUCUUACAAUAACCGUUAGUAAUCAAAAUGUAUUGUUGAAUUUAAUACGUUGGAACUCUACAAGUUUAACCACAUACCAAAAUUAUUUGUUAUAUCGAUUAUCAUGGAGAUUACCAACAGGGAAUUUUUAUCAAUAUCAUUUUUCAGCUGUAACCACUGAACUCAGACAACUAUGUUGGACGAAACAUAAGCAUGAUUAUCCUAACCUAUUCAAUACUAUAGAUGAUUACGAGUGA